AUGGAAAAUGUCAGCUUACUGUUCAAGUUGUACUGCCUCACAGUGAUGACCCUGGUUGCUGCAACAUACACGGUUGCAUUGCGGUACACAAGGACAGUGGAGACAGAACUCUACUUUUCAACAACAGCUGUGUGCAUCACUGAAGUUAUCAAGUUGUUCUUGAGCGUGGGCAUCUUGGCUAAAGAAACUGGAAGUUUGGCAAGGUUAAUAACAUCUUUAAAAGAAAAUGUAUUUGGAAGUCCUAUAGAAUUGCUAAAAUUAAGUGUUCCAUCUUUGGUGUAUGCUCUCCAAAACAAUAUGGCGUUUGUGGCUCUUAGCAACUUGGAUGCGGCAGUCUACCAGGUGACAUACCAGCUGAAGAUCCCUUGUACAGCUUUAUGUACAGUCCUAAUGCUAAACCGUACCCUUAGUAAGUUGCAGUGGUUCUCUGUCUUCAUGCUGUGUGGUGGUGUUACCCUUGUUCAGUGGAAGCCUGCUCAGGCUACAAAAGUACAGGUGGAGCAGAAUCCAUGGCUAGGGUUUGGAGCCAUUGCGGUUGCUGUAUUGUGUUCAGGAUUUGCAGGAGUUUAUUUUGAGAAGGUCUUAAAGAGUUCAGAUACUUCCUUGUGGGUGAGGAAUAUUCAGAUGUACUUAUCUGGGAUUGUGGUGACUUUAUUUGGUGUGUAUGUGUCAGAUGGAGCCCAAGUUCUUGAGAAAGGGUUUUUCUAUGGCUACACAUACUACGUCUGGUUUGUCGUCUUCCUCGCCAGCGUAGGUGGCCUCUACACUUCGGUCGUUGUUAAGUACACGGAUAACAUUAUGAAAGGCUUUUCUGCAGCGGCAGCCAUUGUUCUUUCUACCGUGGCAUCAGUCAUCCUCUUUGGCCUCCAGAUAACCGUUACCUUCUCCCUGGGUGCUCUCCUGGUGUGUAUUUCUAUUUACCUCUAUGGAUUACCUCGACAAGACACCACAAAAAUCCAGCCAUCGGAGACUAAGAGCUCAAAAGAGAGACUCGCUACUGUGUGACGUUGUCCAUCAAAAUGGACAGACAGACAGGAGAAAAAACAGACUGUAAAAAAAAACCCCUGCAUUUUUAAAAAAAAAUUAGCCUUAAGCUAGUCAUGAAACAGUUUAAGUGGGAUAGACUAAAAGCAGAAGUUCUGUCUUACGUGUGAAGUUUCCAGUGGCUGGCGCUGAGGCUACGUUACAGCUGAGGAGCUGGAUGAGUAUUUUACUGAAGGUGUUCUUCAUUCACAUCGAACAAUGAAGAGUCCCGUUGACAAGGAAAGCAGAAUGAAGGAACUGAACACUCAAUUGUAUAUAAUGUAUAUAAUGGAGGGAAAAUGGUUCUUUGUGUAUUUGAUAAACUGUCUUGCCUUUUGAGGGCAGAAAUGCCCCAAAGCUUCAUAAAAAUCUAUUAAAAAGAGCAAUUACUGCCAGCAUUUUGUCUUAAAACUAGUUGGCAAUUG